GGAUCGUGAAGCUUGGAACACUGUGUUAGGGUUGACAAAGGUGAAGUUGUGGUGGUGGAAGAGAAACCUAGAAGGCAUGCCGUGAAGACCAACAAUAACUAUAUUUACUCUAUACCAAAACGCGUACAGCCCCUAUCACUGUUCAUAUGGACCCCCCGGAACUUACAUGUUCGUCCCGUUUAUUCACAGGAAGAGAUAGAGACGGAUGAGAAAGUGAAAGAGAACCGAUUGAGAAUGACGAUUGCUUCCGGAGACAGUUUGCACCUAGAAAGCUUCUACGAUUCGUUAACUUCAGUUGAUAGGUUUGCUGCUGAAACAUUUCAUGAUUUGCAUGAAGAAGUGAUGGCAACAGCUACAAGAGGCCAUGGUCUAAUGGUUCGCGUCCAACAGCUUGAAGCAGAUUUUCCUACAAUUGAGGAGGCACUUUUAUUACAGACUAAUCAUUCAUCAUUCUUUUCAAAUUCAGGUUGCAAUAGAGUUUUUGGAAUGACUUCGAGUUGUAGAAGUAUUUGCGCAGGUAAGUGCUCUUAGGCAAGCUGUAUAAUUGGGAGUUAUAUAUUGGAGUAGAUAGUUGUUCAGGUUGUG